CAUUAACUUGGAAACAGCGUCAACAGUACGGUCCAGGCCAACAAGCAGCGCCAGCAGCGUGCACAUUGCGCUCAAGUACAAGUGCACGACCGCCUCUCGUUCGCCAUGGGUAUCAAAGGCUUGACCGGUCUCCUAUCGGACGAGGCGCCAGACUGCAUCAAGGAGCACGACAUCAAGACGUACUUUGGGCGCAAGGUCGCCAUCGACGCCUCCAUGUCCUUGUACCAGUUCCUCAUCGCCGUGCGCCAGCAGGACGGCCAACAGCUUAUGUCCGAGUCGGGAGAGACGACGUCGCACCUGAUGGGCUUCUUCUAUCGCACCCUACGCAUGAUCGACCAUGGGAUCAAGCCGAUGUAUGUCUUUGACGGCCAGCCGCCCGACCUGAAGAAGAAGGUGCUCGAGGCGCGCUUUGGCAAGCGCGAAGAAGCGCGCGAGGAGCAGGAGGACGAGAAGGACGUCGCAGAUGCGGAGCGCAUGGACCAACUCGCACGGCGCCAGGUGCGCCCGACGCGACAGCACAACGCCGAGGUGCGCGAGCUGCUCAAGCUCAUGGGCAUCCCCUGCGUCGUCGCGCCCUCCGAGGCCGAGGCGCAGUGCGCCGAGCUCGUCCGCGCGGGCAAGGUCUACGGCGCUGGGUCGGAGGACAUGGACACGCUGACGUUCGGCACGCCGGUCCUGCUCAAGCACCUGACCUUUAGCGAGCAGAAGAAGAUGCCCGUGCACGAGGUCAACCUGCAGAAAGCCCUCGAAGGCCUCGGCAUGGAACGCGAGCAGUUUGUCGACCUGUGUAUCCUCCUCGGCUGCGACUACCUCGAGCAGAUCAAGGGCAUUGGACCUAAGACGGCGCUAAAGCUGAUCCGAGAGCACGGCACUCUCGCCGCCGUGCUCGACCACCUCCGUGGCGAAGGGAGCAAGAAGAGCAUCUCCAUCCCCGAGUUCUGGCCGCACGAGGAGGCCAAGAAGCUCUUCCUGCAGCCCGACGUGCAAAACGCCGACGACCUUGACCUCAAGUGGGAGGCGCCGGAUGUCGAGGGUCUCGUCGAUUUCCUGUGUAAGGACAAGGGCUUCAGCGAAGAUCGCGUGCGCAAGGGCGCAGAGAAGCUACAAAAGUCGCUCGGCAAGAAGCAGCAGGGUAGGCUCGACGGCUUCUUCACUGUCUCCUCAUCGCCCGCGUCCUCGUCCUCGUCGUCGCAAAAGCGCAAGGCCGAGGAUUCCAAGAAAGGAGCUGGCGGCGGCAAGAAGAGCAAAAGUAGCGCUGCCAACGCAAAAGCAAAGGGGAAGAAAUGAACAUCGUCGCUGCUGCGCACAUCGCAAAUUUAAUUUGUACGAUACCCCCAGUGUAUUUCUAGCUGCCGCACUAUCGCACACUCAUG